GCGAAAGGUAUCCUGGUCCACUAUUCUCUGAAAUACACUGAGACGCUAAGAGUCAGCAUGUUGUCAGGAAUCAGAUGGAUUAAUUUCCUGGUCAGCGGCUUCUCCUUCUUCAUCAGAAGAAUGCUUGCAAGACCCAAAAGGAUUUGUCCCAGUGUUGGUCGCUUCCCUUGUGUCACCUCUGAUGGCUCUGGAGAUGCGCCACUGACCGAAGAUAAUGGGAUAAACUCCCCACCCACAGCUGAUCAGUUAUCAGUGCAGUCUAUAGACCUCCUCAAGUCCAAAACAGGCCCAAACCGCUUGGAGCAUCGCACAGACCGUUACCAAAGUGAUAACCUCCUCGUCCGUCGAGGGCAGAGCUUUCAGAUGUGGAUAGAGCUCUCACGCACUUUUGACCCCAAAUCUGACAAACUACACCUCGAACUCAAGCGAGGCUUUAUGCAAAAGUUAUCGGGAAGCUCCCCAGUGACUGUUCGUCUAGUUGACAAGUUAGAUAACAAGAGCUGGGAGGCUAAGAUUAUCGAACAGAAAGGUACCAGGAUAAAACUGUCCAUCAGCACUCCACCAGCUGCUCCCAUUGGUUAUUACCAGCUCAGUGUGGUAACAUGGACCCCAAAAGGAAGCAACACUUAUAGUUGCAAACCUGAAAAUGAUAUCUACCUGCUGUUUAACCCCUGGUGUAAAGAUGACUCAGUGUUUAUGGAUAAAGAGGACGAAAGGAACGAGUAUGUUCUGAAUGAUGUGGGAACACUCUACUAUGGAAGCGACAGUCAGAUAGAAGGCAGGAGUUGGAUCUUUGGACAGUUUGCUGAUGGGGUUCUUGCAGCAUCUCUGUUCCUACUGGAGAAGAAUCAAGCACGUACAUCAGGUUGGGGAGAUCCUGUUAAUAUUGUCAGACUUGUGUCAGCCAUGGUCAACUCUCCUGAUGAUCAAGGUGUGUUACAAGGGAAUUGGUCAGGUAACUAUGCAAACGGGACUUCCCCACUGUUGUGGAAUGGCAGUGUGGAAAUUCUGAGGCAGUACCAUCAAAGUGGAGGACAGCCUGUUAAAUAUGGCCAGUGCUGGGUCUUUGCAGGGGUCACCAACACGGUUCUCAGGUGUUUAGGCAUUCCCACCCGCAGUGUCACAAACUUCAGCUCCGCCCAUGACACUGAUGUCUCCUUGACGACUGAUGUGUAUUUUGAUGAGAAAAUGAGGCCAAUUGAGAGCCGCAACAGUGACUCUAUUUGGAAUUUUCAUGUGUGGAAUGAAUGCUGGAUGGUCCGUCCUGAUCUACCAGUAGGCAUGGGGGGUUGGCAGGCGGUGGAUGCCACGCCUCAAGAAACAAGUCAGGGCACAUUCUGCUGUGGCCCUGCCCCUGUGGCUGCCAUCCGUGAUGGACUGGUCUAUCUCAAAUAUGAUGCCACUUUUGUCUUCGCUGAGGUGAACAGUGACAGGAUAUUUUGGCAGAGACAAGAUGAUGGCACCUUCACUCAGAUCUUCUGUGAGAAGAAUGCCGUGGGCCACCACAUCAGCACCAAGGCGGUUGGUGCUGAUCGCAGAGAGGACGUCACACACCUCUACAAACACCCAGAAGGAUCUGAAGCUGAGCGAAUUGCUGUGGAAACUGCUUCGCGCUAUGGCUCCAAUACUAACAUCUACCCUGCUGCUGUGGCUGAUGAUGUCAAAUUACAGGUCACCAUAGAAAAAGAGGGGCCUUUGGUGGGCGAAGAUGCUCGGCUGUCCUUCACCAUGAAUAAUGGCAGCUCUGAGGAGCGCAGUAUCAAGCUCUAUUGUCAGGUGGCAAUAAUGUACUAUACAGGAGUGUUAAAAGGCACAGUGAAGAAGGAUACUAUAGAGGUGAAGCUCAAACCCAACAAAGUCCAGACACUAGAGUGGACCGUUCCAUAUGAUCUGUAUAAGGACCAGCUGGUGGACCACACAGCACUGAUGCUCACCGUGCUUGGACGAGUCAGUGAGACUCAGCAGAUUCUGGGAACCCGGUUCAACUUCCACCUGCGCACGCCCAACAUCAUCCUCACCCCUGUAGGAGAUGCUGUGGUGGGAAGUGAGAUGGUGGCUAAAAUUACAUUUAAGAAUCCAUUGCCACACGUUCUGAAGAAUGUCACGUUCCGUAUCGAGGGCUUGGGCUUGCUGAAUGCAAAAGACAUCCUCCAUGGUAACAUUGAUGGUCACCAGACUGUCACGCUGAUGGUGAAGUUUACUCCAACCUUAUCUGGUCUGCAGAAGCUUCUCGCCUCUCUGGACUGUCAGGAGCUCACACAGGUUUAUGGUGUUGCUGACAUCCUUGUCAGGGAAAAGUGAAAACACAUAGGAGAGCAUCAACACAAAUGCACAGAACACAGUUAUCUGGUGCCAUGCCUAAAAUAUGCGAAUUGUGAUACUGAUUACUUAAAGCUUUGCAAUAUGUCUAACUCACAUUUACAAUAGCUUAUGCUCUUGACACAUCCUGUGCACUUUUGACUGUAUCACCAAGAUAACCAACUGAUGAGCUGAAGCAAGUGUAUUAGACGAUAAAAGAACACAAGGUGCCCUGGACUGGCAGAAAAGACAACAGAUUUGAUGUCUUGAUUUCCAUAUAUAGGUCUACAAAUUAUUCAUAUGGAACCAUCACAUAUCAUUUACAAGAAAUGGCCCUGAUGUAUAUGGCUCCCUACCAUAGGCGGUUUUAAACGGGGGCCAGGGGGGGCCAAUGCCCCUGUAAAAUUGCCCCUGGCCCCUGUGCUGAACGGAUAAUAAGAUUUAUUAAUUUUGACAUGCGGCGGCACGGUGGUGUAGUGGUUAGCACUGCCGCCUCACAGCAAGAAUGUCCGGGUUCGAGCCCCAUGGCCGGCGAGGGCCUUUCUGUGUGGAGUUUGCAUGUUCUCCCCGUGUCCGCGUGGGUUUCCUCCAGGUGCUCCGGUUUCCCCCACAGUCCAAAGACAUGCAGGUUAGGUUAACUGGUGACUUUAAAUUGACCGUAGGUGUGAAUGUGAGUGCGAAUGGUUGUCUGUGUCUAUGUGUCAGCCCUGUGAUGACCUGGCGACUUGUCCAGGGUGUACCCCGCCUUUCGCCCGUAGUCAGCUGGGAUAGGCUCCAGCUUGCCUGCGACCCUGUAGAACAGGAUAAAGCGGCUAGAGAUAAUGAGAAUGAGAUGAGAAUUUCGACAUGCGCUGGCUCAAAGAUCGGAACUGACAUGACGGAGUGUUCUACACGGACUCCUUAAAGCGCUACACGCACACUGUUACCUGCAGCAGAAAGAGCAGCAGCGGCGCGAAUUGUAAACUUCGGACGUGAGAGAUAACAGCUGUCACGUCCGAAGUUUUUUUAUUGAAAAGCCAUCAGAUACAGUAGCGUUGACACGUUUCACUGAGACAUAUA